AUGGCUGCUGCCAACAACAACAACACUCGUCUUUGGUACACCGCACCAGCUGAGCAAUGGACCGAGGCGCUCCCCAUCGGCAACGGCCGCCUGGGAGGCAUGGUCUUCGGAGACACCGAAUCAGAGCGAAUCCAAGUCAAUGAGGAGUCGGUCUGGUCCGGCGGCCCUCGGUCGAGGCUGAACCAGAACGCGGCGCAGACUGUCACGGAUGUGCGAGCGUUGCUUGCUGACGAGCAGAUCAGUGAGGCACAGACGCUGGCGGACCUGGGCAUGGUGAGCUCGCCGCAGGCGAUGCGGCACUACGAGACUCUGGGAGAUAUUUCGAUAUCGUUCGAUGGGACUUCCAACUAUAACAACGGGAGCUAUCAGCGAUGGCUCGACCUGGAGACUGCGAUUGCUGGAGUCAAAUUCUCGGUCAACGAGACGGACUUUGAGCGAGAGCUGUUUUCAUCCGCGCCUGAUGAUGUGAUGGUACAUCGUCUGACAGCCAACGGGACAGAGAAGCUUUCGUUUCAACUUCGUGUCUGGCGCCCAUUUGACAACAUUAAUGUCGCCUACGAUCAGGGAUACAACGAAGGAGGUGAUUCGACUUUCAUGGUAGGCGCGGCGGGCAGUACGGAUCCUAUAACUUUUGCGGCCGGGCUUAAAGUCCAGACCGAUGGCAAGCUACGCACACUUGGGGAGUUCCUGAUCGUCGAGAAUGCCACCGAAGCUGUUGUGUACUUCGCGGCAGCAACCACUUACCGGACACCUGAUCCAAUUGCGGCAAUCAAGCAGACAUUCAUGAGCGCUCAGCGGUACUCGUACGACGAGCUGAAGCAGCGUCACAUCGAGGACUAUCAGGCUCUGUACAACACGUGCACGCUCGAACUGAGCAGCGCCGACAGCAACGGCUCGGCGUUGACCACAAAUGAAAGAAUUAACGCAACACAAGCUGGGGAGACGGACCUUGGCCUGAUUGCGCUUCAGUUCCAGUAUGGAAGAUACCUUUUGAUCUCCUCCUCCAGGCCUGGGACUCUGCCGGCCAAUCUCCAGGGCAUCUGGAACGAAGACUUCAUGUCUGCCUGGGGCUCCAAGUAUACGGUCAACAUCAACGCAGAAAUGAACUACUGGCCGGCAGAAGUCACCAAUCUACCAUCCCUUCACCAAGCUCUGUUCGACCACAUCGAGACCAUUCGUCAAUCGGGUGUCCAGACGGCGCAAAAGAUGUACAAUGCCUCUGGCUGGAUGGUCCAUCACAACACUGAUAUAUGGGGUGACACAGCUCCGCAGGAUCAAUAUCCGCCCGCUUCGUACUGGACUCUGUCCUCGGCCUGGCUCAGCACCCAUAUUCUCGAGCACUUCUUCCACACGGGCGACACCAGUUUCCUCCUCUCCAAGAUCGACACACUAACCGGAGCGAUCCAGUUCUACCUCGACACCCUCCAGGAAUACGAGCUCAAUGGCACCACCUAUCUAGUGACCAACCCCUCCACCUCGCCCGAAAACUCCUUCUACACCUCCACCAACGACACCGGCAGCAUGACCGUGGGCCCCACGUGCGACGGCCAGAUCCUGCAUCACCUCUUCACAGGCUUCACCAGCGCCGUCGCUUCCCUCCCGUCCGCACCAGUAGAUCCCGCAUUUAUCGCCCGGAUCAACACCACUCUCGCCCGCCUGCCACCAACGCAACUCAGCGCGCGCUAUGACGGCGUCAUUCAGGAAUGGAUUCACGACUACGAGGAGGCCGAACCGGGUCACAGACACAUCUCCCACCUCUACGCCCUAUAUCCGGGCACGCAGAUCCCGCCGCCUGAUGCGCCGGGCCACAACGCCACGAUUUGGGAAGCCGCGAUCAAGACGCUAGAGAAGCGGUUGCAUGAUGGCGGCGCUGGAACUGGAUGGUCCCGAGCCUGGGCGAUCAACGUGGCUGCGCGUCUGCUCAACUCGUCCUCUCUGGCGGACAACGUGUACGAGUUCUUCAACCAGAGCACGUACCCGAAUCUGUUUGAUGCGCACCCGCCUUUUCAGAUCGACGGCAAUUUCGGCUUCACCUCCGGCAUAGCCGAGUCCCUGCUACAAUCACACUUCCAGCUUCCCCCCAGCAACGACAGCGCCGCCGCGACGCGCGAGCUCUGGCUCCUCCCCGCCCUCCCCCCGACGUGGGAGGACGGCGCCGUCAGGGGUCUGGUGGGCCGCGGCGGCUUCGUGACGGAUGUGACGUGGCGAGACAAUCGGGUCAGGAGCGUGGGUAUCACCAGUCGGGUGGGUGGGGAGGUUGUUGUCAAGUAUCGGCAUGAUGAUUCGGGGGCAGGAGAGAGGGGAAAUGCGAGCGUGAGUGCGGUGGUGGUGCCGAAGGGGAGUUAUGCGGGUUUUGAGGCGGUGGAGGGAGUGCGAUUUAGAGUUGCGACGGUGGCGGGUGGGAGGUAUGAGUUUGAGGUGAACUGGGAUUAG